AUGGUUGCUUUGGAGAGAAAGAGAAAGAGCAGUAGUUCUACUACUUCCAAUGGUACGAAGAAGUUGAAAUCCCACGUAUCUUCUUCAUUUAUUCUCCACUCUUAUUCGAAGUUGCCUGAUGUGAAUGCCUUUCCAAAGGGCAGAUCUGAGCCUUUAGAUAUUUUUGUCUGGGGUACUGGUUCAAUGUGUGAAUUAGGAUUAGGCCCAUCGGCUAAGAAUAAGGAGGUUAAGAGACCUAGGUUAAACCCUUUCUUAACAGAGGAGAAAUUGGAUGGAACAAAGAUUGUUGAUUUUUCCGUAGGUGGAAUGCACACUCUUGCUUUGGAUGGAAAGAAUCGCAUUUGGUCAUGGGGUGGUAAUGACAGUGGCGUUUUAGGUAGAGAUACUUCCAAGGUUAAGGAGGUCUUGAAAGAUGUGGAUUCCAAUGAAUCAGAAGAUGAUGAAGAUGGAGACUUGAAUGAGGCGGAAUCAACACCGGGCUUAGUCGAAGGCUUACCUCAAAUCAAAAGCUCAAAAAUUGUACAAUUGGUAGCUACUGAUAAUUUGAGCGCUGCAUUGUAUGACAAUGGAGAUGUUUACGCUUGGGGUUGCUUCCGUUGCAAUGAGGGCUUGCUCGGUUUCUUGAGAGAAGAGAUAAAAGUGCAGAAGUCUCCUUUGGAAAUUAAGGAGUUGAAGAACAUUGUGCAAUUGGCCCGCGGUAAGGAUCAUAUAUUGGCUCUUGAUGUUAAGGGUAUUGUUUAUGCAUGGGGUAACGGCCAACAGUAUCAGUUGGGACGUCGUAUAAUCGAAAGACACCGUUAUCGUUCUUUAGAACCUCAGCAAUUUGGAUUGUACAAUAUCAAAUAUAUCGCAAGUGGAGAUUUCCACUGUUUUGCAAUUGAUCAUGACGACAAGGUUUACACAUGGGGAUUGAAUCAAUUUGGGCAAUGCGCUUUGACAAAUUCAGAUGGAGAAUUAGAAGAUGGAUCCUUGAUUACUAAGCCAACAUUGGUUCCUAGCUUGUCUGGUAAAGGGAUUGUCGAAAUAUCUGCAGGUGAACACCAUACAUUAGCCCUUACAAGGGAAGGUGAUGUCUUGUCAUGGGGCCGUUAUGACAUGAAGGAAGUUGGUAUUUCUAAGGACAGAUUGCCUAAGUCAACUUUUAAAGAUGCACAUGGAAAUGCAAGGUCUGUACCCACUCCUACCAAACUUCAUUUUGGUAAGGUGGAAGAUAAUGGUGUCAAGAUUAAGGAAAUCGGAACAGGUUCUCAUAACUCCUUCGCUGUAACGGAUGAUGGGUUUGUUUAUUCGUGGGGUUUUGCUGAUACGUAUGCUCCAGGGUUAGGCCCAUUGGACGAAGACGUUGAGAUUCCCACCAGAAUUUUUAACACAGCAACCAAGUUUACUGAUAUUAAAUUAAUCGGAGCCGGGGGACAGUUUGUAGUCAGUGGUGGUGUUAAAAUUGAAGAUGAAGAUGAACGCGAAGAUAGAAUUGAAAAGUACGAAGAAAUUGACGGCUAGAAACGUUAUCAUUUUUUUUUUGCGACAAAAAGUCUUGUUCAAGGCUGAAAAUAAUUCCGACAAAUGAAUUGAUAUUGUAAAAUUCCAGCAUUCUCUAUUUAAUAAAAGUUUUGAUUUUAU